AUGCUCUUCUCCCGCGUGGCCCCAGUAGCCCUACUCGUCGCCCUCGCGACGUCCUCCCUGGGCGCGGUCAGUGCCAAGCAGGCUAUUGAAAGCAUGAAUGCCCUCCAAAAUACCGUCUCUGAGGCCCGCAGAAGCAUCGAGGGAUGGAACGGCGGCCUUCUAGGCGUCAUCCCCGUCGCCAGCAAACUCCAGGAGGUAAAGACCUCUGCCACCGACACACGAAGAACCAUCGAGCAGUCCGAUGCUUUUGGUGAAGAUGACCAGGAGGAUGUUCUAGCUGCUUAUCAGCAAUUGCAUCCGGAGAUUGUGGGAGCCCUCAAUGCAGCAGAAGAGAAGGCACCGGCAUUCAAAGUUGCGGGAGUGGCCUUCGUGGCCAGGGCUAUGAUGGAUGAUCUCAAAAGUGAGAAGGAGAAAUUCGAGACCACGAUGCAGGGAAAGGUCCCUGCUGAGAGGUACCGCAGCGCUGAGUCCAAGGUUGCUGAGGUUAAUGCUGCCUUUGAUAGUGCUCACAAGGCGCUCUCUACUUAA